UCAGAUAAGUGUUUAUUUGUGAAUUAUUGGUGAAGCAUUUGAGGUUAGUGAAAGAUAAACAAGAAAAAUGUUUCAAUUUAAUUUUACUGUUGAGAACACCCCUGAUUCUGGAGAAACAGUUUCAGAGAAAGAGCCUAAAACUGAAGAUAAACAUGCAGAGCCGCAUGUGUUAGCUUCUGAAGAAGUUGUUCCGGACUCUUCCUCCUUGGAUGAUGGCAGUGGUCAGGCUACGGCUUUUAUCUCCAGGGAUGUAGAAGUGUUUAUGUUAGAGUCUGUGGGGUCAGAAAAUGAUCAGGCUGGAAGCUCUGAUAAAGAAGCUUCCCAUACAGAUCUGAUUCCCGGGGUAUAUGAAGGAGGUUUUAAGAUCUGGGAAUGCACUCAAGAUUUAGCGGAUUAUAUGAUAGAUAAUUUGGGGGAGGAGUUAGAAGGAAAGGAUGUUUUAGAAGUAGGAUGUGGUGCUGGAGUCCUUGGGAUAAUUGCAUUAAAACUUGGUGCUGCAAAAUGUCAUUUUCAGGACUAUAACAAAGACGUCCUGCAGAAGUUUACCAUACCAAAUGUCCUGCUGAAUGCCGAGGUAGAUGAGAAAGUUUCCAUUGACAAGUGCCAAUUCUAUUCCGGUGACUGGAAGAGCUACUCGGAAGUUACAGGGGAUAGGAUGUUCGAUAUCAUUCUCACGUCAGAGACUAUUUACAACCCGGAAAACAAUCAAAAGUUAAUUGAUUUAUUUAUGAACAAAUUGAGACAGGGCGGGAAAGUUCUCCUAGCUGCAAAAACGUACUAUUUUGGCGUUGGGGGUGGAUUGAGGCAGUUUGAAGGACUCCUUGGCAGAAAGAUGAACAGCAUGGUUGUGUGGAAGAAUUGUAAGGGUAUCAAGAGAGAAAUAAUAAAAAUAGAGCAUAUCUAAUUGCAUAAAAUUCAUUCCGAUUAAUACAGAAGUUCAACUUGUUAUCAAA